AUGGGGUGCUCACAGUCCAAGAUCGAGAACGAAGAAGCAGUCACCCGCUGCAAAGAGCGGAAGCAGUUCAUGAAAGAUGCCGUCUCUGCACGGAACGCCUUCGCCGCCGCCCACUCCGCCUACGCCAUGUCUCUCAAGAACACCGGCGCCGCGCUCAGCGAUUUCGCCCACGGCGAGGUCCCUCCGUCGUUAUCCACCCCUGCCGCCGCCGCGAUCCCCUCUUCCUCCUCCUCUUCAGCUUUCCCCGUAGCAGCGCCUGCCCCACCUCCUCCGCAGGCUCCGUUCGACACGCUUCUCCCGCCUCCACCGCUGCCGACAGAGUAUCAAGGGACUCCGAAUUUCCAAGGAACUCCGCUGCAGCGGGCCGCGAGUAUGCCGGAGAUGAAGAUCCUGAAGCCGGAGAUGAAGCAGCCGGUGGGGCCGACUAUAAUUGAGGACGAGGAGAUGGAAUUCGAGCCGCCGGAGGAAGAGAAGUUGGUGAGGAAGCGGGGUGGGAGUAGAAGUACUGGUAGUAGCAAUCAUUACAUGGAGAAGGAACCGCCGAUGCCGCCGCCGCAGCAGCAGGCGGUGCCCCAGAGGAGGAGGCAGGAAGAGGCUAUGCGGCCGCCUCCUAUUGCGCAUCAGGAGACCACGUGGGACUACUUUUUCCCGCCCGUGGAAAGCAUGCCUGGACCGACUCUGGCUGAGCCGGUGGAGGAGGAGGAGGAGGAGGAGGAGGAAGAGAUAAGGAUGAAGGAAGAGAUCGCAGCGCGUAAGGUGUUUGAAGAAAAGGCUAAGAGAGUGGCGGAGGUGGAAGAGGAACCGGUUGUAAUGCCGGAUAUGGGUAAGGUCGAGAAGGCAGUGGAGGUGCCUGUGCCGAUUCCAGUGGUAGAGAAGAAGCCCUCGAAGAAGGUCAGUGUGGGAGAUGAAGCAGGGAGGAGAAUGAUGAAAGGAUUGAGCUUAAUGCAGAUAUUUGGGGAGCUGGACAAUCAUUUCUUAGCUGCUUACGAGAGUGCUCAUGGGGUUUCCAAGAUGCUCGAGGCCACGAGAUUGCAUUAUCACUCCAAUUUUGCUGAUAAUCGGGGCCAUAUUGAUCACUCUGCCCGAGUGAUGCGAGUCAUUACAUGGAAUCGGUCAUUUAAAGGCAUUCCUAAUGUAUAUGAUGGGAAUGACGAUUUUGAUUCAGAGGAGCAUGAAACUCUUGCAACUGUCCUGGAUAAGAUGCUAGCUUGGGAGAAGAAGUUGUAUGAUGAAGUUAAGGCAGGUGAAGUUAUGAAGUUUGAGUACCAAAAGAAGGUAGCUUUACUGAAUAAGCAGAAGAAACGGGGCUCCAAUCCUGAGUCCCUUGAGAAAUUAAAAGCAGCUGUGAGUCACCUGCACACAAGGAUGGCAAUAAUGUGGGAUGCUAUGCGAGUCCAUCACGAGGCACAGUCCAAGAUAGUCUAUGCGUUGAGAUCUCUCGACAUUUCCCAAUCUCCGAAGGAAACCAGCGAGCACCACCACGACCGUACCUAUCAACUAUGGGCAGUUGUACGUGAAUGGCACGCACAGUUCUGCGGCUUAAUCGACAACCAGAAAGCAUACAUCAAGUCCCUCAACAGCUGGCUAAAGCAGAAUCUCGUCCCUAUUGAGAGCAGCCUGAAAGAAAAAGUAUCUUCCCCACCAAGAAUCCAAACCCCUCCAGUGCAACCCCUGCUCAUGGCAUGGCACGACUACAUGGACAAGCUCCCCGACGAGGUGGCAAGAACAGCAAUCAGCAACUUUGCCGCGGUGAUAGAAACAAUUAUGCACCAUCAGGAAGAAGAGAUGAAGCUAAAGGAGAAGUGCGAAGAAACCCGGAAAGAUCUUGCUAGGAAAACGAGGCAGUUUGAGGACUGGUACAAUAAGUACAUGCAGAAGAGAACUCCAGAGGAGCUGGACCCGGAGAGGCCCGAGAACAACAUAAAGGAGGCGAUUGCUGAGAGGCAGUUCACUGUGGACGCUGUUAAGAAGCAGCUGGAGGAAGAGGAAGAGGCAUACCAGAGGCUGUGCCUUCAGGUGAGGGAGAAGUCGUUGGCGAGCUUGAAGACUCGUCUUCCCGAGUUGUUCAGGGCAAUGUGCGAUGUCUCUUUGGCUUGUUCGGAGAUGUACAGGACUUUGAGGGCUAUAUCUCAUCGCCAGAAGAGACCAAGCAACCAAAGCUAG